AUGACUGCUCUGGGGAUGCUUGCACUUGGUACUGCUGCAGACACCGUUGGUGAGAUGGCCGGGAUGGGGGAGAGCACGUGCCUCAAGACGACUGUCAAAUUUGCUCGCGCCGUGAUUGAGGUGUUUGGACCAGAGUAUCUCAGAGAACCAAAUGUGCAGGACACGAAGAAGUUGUUGGCUAUUGGAGAGGCAAGGGGGUUUCCAGGAAUGCUCGGAUCAAUUGAUUGCAUGCAUUGGCAAUGGAAAAACUGCCCCAAAGGUUUGCGGGGAAUGUAUCAAGGUCACACCAGAGAGGCCACCAUCAUACUAGAAGCUGUGACAUCACAUGACUUAUGGAUUUGGCAUGCUUUCUUUGGAAUGCCCGGUUCUCACAACGACAUCAACGUGCUUCAACGAUCUCCAGUGUUCAGGGGGCUUUGCAAUGGGGAAUCACCGCCGUGCGACUAUACCGUCAACGGCCGGGACUACAACAUGGGGUACUAUCUUGCCGAUGGUAUCUAUCCUCAGUGGGCGGCGUUUGUGAAGACCAUAUCUGAGCCACGUGGCAAUAAACAGAGCCACUUUGCAACAACGCAGGAAGUGGCUAGGAAGGACGUGGAGAGGUCAUUUGGUGUGCUUCAAGCUCAUUGGGGAAUUGUGCAGAACGCUGCAAUGAUGUGGGAAUCAGAAACUUUGUGGCAGCUGAUGACAUGUUGUGUUAUUAUGCACAAACUUUGUGGCAACUUUGUGGCCCAGAGUGAACACGACCACACACGGGAGUUGGCGUUGAACCAGCAUGCCUAA